UUCAAAAUAGGGAAUUUAGUCUUCAAUAUUCUAUAUAAACUCAAUAAAUAUCCUCACCAUUCUUCACUUUCACCUUCUCCUUAAUAGAGAGAGAGAGAAGAUGAUAGGUGCAAAUGAUUUUUACAAAGUAAUGUGUUCAAUGGUGCCUUUAUACUUUGCUAUGCUGGUGGCAUAUGGAUCAGUGAAAUGGUGGAAGAUAUUCUCGCCGGAGCAAUGCUCCGGCAUCAACCGUUUCGUCGCCGUAUUCGCCGUGCCGGUGCUGUCCUUCCACUUCAUUUCUCAGAACAAUCCUUACCAAAUGGACACGAAAUUCAUAUUGGCUGACACUUUGUCAAAGAUUUUUGUUCUUGUGUUGCUGUCAUUUUGGGCCAUUUGUAAAGGGCAGUUGGAUUGGCUCAUCACUCUCUUCUCUGUCUCAACUUUGCCCAACACUUUGGUCAUGGGCAUUCCUUUGCUCAAUGCCAUGUAUGGAGAUUUCACUCAAAAUCUCAUGGUUCAGCUUGUUGUCCUUCAAUGCAUUAUCUGGUAUACUUUACUAUUAUUCCUGUUUGAAUAUAGAGCGGCCAUUAUAUUAAUUAAAAAUCAAUAUCCUGGCAAUGCUGCUGCGGCCAUAACCAAGUUCGAGAUUGACAAUGAUGUUAUCUCACUAGACGGCCGAAACCCACUUUGUACGGAGUCGGAAGUCGACGGUAAAGGCCGCAUUCGCGUCCGUAUCCGGCGAUCAACAUCAUCAGCGCCGGAGUCUGGGUUUUCAUCCUCCGUAGGAAUCACGCCAAGGGCAUCCAAUCUCUCCAAUGCUGAAAUCUUCUCUGUUCACACGCCAACACCUUUACAUGAAUUCCGGAAUGGAGAUAUCCCAUUUGGACAUGGCGACUUAAGAGUCGGGAUUCGUGCAGUGAGUCCUCGACUGUCGAGCUACGCAUCAUCCGACGCAUACUCGCUGCAGCCGACGCCCAGGGCGUCGAAUUUCAAUGAAUUGGAUACGACCACAGUGACAACAACCGGAAAUACGCCAAUGUGGGUAAUGUCUCCGGUGGCGGGGAAGGUGUUCCGGCAGCCAUCUCCAUCUGCUAAAAUGGCGUGGGAAUCGCCAGGGAAGUGUCUAAAUGGAGACAGACAAGGAUACAGAGAUGUUGGAGAAAAGGAAAUUAGCUUCAGAGAUAUCUCAAAUUUUCCAAUACAAGGAGGAGCUGCAGAUUUAGCAAGUACCAAUAUUAUUAAACAAGAAAUGCCAAAUGCUUUUGUGAUGCUAAGGCUAAUUAUAGUUAUGGUUGGGAGAAAGCUUUCGCGUAAUCCAAAUACUUACUCCAGUAUAUUAGGACUUCUCUGGUCUCUUAUCUCUUUCAAAUGGAAUGUGGGGAUGCCCAGUUUGGUGAAAUAUUCCAUUAAAAUAAUUUCAGAUGCAGGUCUUGGGAUGGCCAUGUUCAGUUUAGGGUUGUUCAUGGCACUUCAACCACGAAUAAUUGCGUGUGGCACGAAGAUGGCAGCCAUAGGAAUGGCCAUCAGAUUUAUAGGUGGACCUCUAGUAAUGUCAGCUGCUUCUAUUGUUGUUGGGCUUAAAGGAGUUCGACUUCACACUGCAAUUGUACAGGCAGCUCUUCCCCAAGGAAUUGUUCCAUUUGUCUUCGCAAGAGAAUAUGGAUUGCAUCCCGACAUACUAAGUACUGGGGUUAUAUUUGGGAUGCUGGUUUCAUUACCAGUAACCCUCCUUUAUUAUAUACUUUUGGGGCUAUGAAGAAAAAUGUGAAGCGAUAAUCAAGAAAAUCUUUUUCCCCCAUGCGGAUAAUAAUUUGGUCCCGAUUGUGUAUUACUUUGACCUAACCAGCACUUUGACAAGUAAUAAUUAAUUAGAGUACUCAUACAUCAACUUCCUUUUCUUGUGUUCUGAUUAUGUAAAAGCUAUUUGGAAUAUUGACUUAGUAAAAUCGACACUAUUUAGUAUUAGUCUCCAUUACCCAUUAUUAGUGUCGAUUUAGUUAGUGAUAGCAAAAUUAUGUAAAAGAUCUCUUCGGCUACGAAUAUUACUCUUUCCUUUAGUGCAAUAUAGGUUAGUGGUAACCGAAAGGGAAUAAAAUAUUAUUACGACA